GAUUAUUGUAUACUUGCGCUCAAUCGCGAGUUCACGCGUUCCUAGCAUUUUUGCUAGAGGUUUGUCUUUUUUAUCUAGUUAAUAAAAAGAAAAAGUGCCAAGAAUAUUAAAAUGGAUUUGAAAAUAGAAAACGCUACGGGGGCGGAACUCGGGAAUGGCGGAAUAUGGGAAUUAAAAUCUACUUUGGACUACGUUGAUAGCUGGCCGCUUAUGAAAUCACCAGUACCAAUCUUCGCGAUAUGGGCCACCUACAUUGUGUUCGUAUUAAAAGCAGGACCACAAUAUAUGAAGAACAGACCAGCGUUUGGGCUACACUCAGUUUUAAUACUGUAUAAUCUUAUCCAAGUUUUGUACUCAAUUUACAUUGUGUAUGUGGGACUGUCGUUACUACGUCCUAUCGGCUACGUCCAUCUAUCGUGUAAUUUGGACAAAGACACUUCAAGACAGAUCGCCAACGGUAUAUACAUAUACUUCUUAGCGAAACUGUCAGAAUUUCUGGACACUAUAUUCUUUGUGCUGAGGAAGAAGCAGAACCAAGUAUCCUUUCUCCACGUCUACCACCACUCCGUGAUGCUGUGGGCAACUUGGCUGACCCUAAAGUUCGAGCCAACCUACAGCACAAUAUUUUUGGGCACACUCAAUUCUUUCGUCCAUGUAAUCAUGUACUCAUAUUACGGACUGUCAGCGUUUCCUUCCCUGUCCAAAUACUUGUGGUGGAAAAAGUACAUCACUACUAUGCAACUAUUGCAGUUUGGAAUGGUUAUCGUCCAUACAUUUGUAAAUGGAAUCACUAGUGAAUGCCCUCCAUCGUAUAUACUAUUAUCGACUAUCACUAUCAAUGCAUCGAUUUUGAUAUAUCUGUUCGGAGACUUUUAUGUCCAAUCCUACUUAAAGAAGAAAAAUAAUGAGUGUACAGUUAAACUGUCUAAUGGAAAACACAGCAAUGGACAGGCAAAUGGACACAGCAAUGUGUUUGAAAGCGUACAUUCUAAAUCUAAUGGAGCAGACAAAAAAGAAUUAUAGUCAUACCGUCAGAACAUUCUGGAGGUUUACUUAAAUUUUCUUAAUUUAAGCAUACUUCGUAUUUUAAGUUUUUUAUUACAGGAUUACAGUAAAGACAAAGAUCAAAAUCUUUACAUAUAAAUAUUGGUGUAGCUAAGAUUAGAACCAUAUAUUUUUGUCAGGACGGUGGAAAUUUUUUGAGAUGUUUUACAAAUUCAAGGGUAGAGUAGAAUACAAUUUUGGAAAUUGAUUUACCCUAAUAUUCAUAAAAAUGAUAAUAAUUAUUGUUGUUAAAACUGGAUACAAUUUAAAGUUGAUUUACCCUCUUUCACAAAAUUGUUAAUAAUUUUUCUGAUGAAAGUUGAUACAAUUGUAAAUUGAUUUACCAUCUUAAGCAUAAAAAUGUUGAUAUUAUUGCGGUAAUACCUGUUUUGUUCGUUCAUUUAAUGUUAAAUAUUGUAAGUAGAUUUUAGUCUAAGUGGUCUAAGUAGUAUAAUUGUUCUAGUAUUUAUAUAGGAAGGGCUUCUCAAUGUUGUUUACACACAACUCUCCCUUUCAUUCGGGGUUGUGAAGCCGCGAAGCCCGGGGUCAGCGUAAAAAAAUCCUUUAAAGUCUAGAAAUUCGACUGUGAUUUUAGUCGAGUCCUUGGGAAUGCUAUUAGGCUGUGUGUCCCUUAGUCGCCUCGUACGACAUCCACAGGAAGAUAUGAAGUGGUCCCAUUCUAGGGCGGAACCACAACCCACCAAUGUUGUGCAUACAUAUUUACUUCCUUAAUGAGUGACUCAUGUAAAUUUAACAUCAGCUUAUAUUUAUUAGCUCGGGAUGCAGGAAAUGUUAUGGAGAAUAAAACUAGUUUUAAUUUUAGAAAUAACGUAAUAAAUUAAAUUCAUAUGUUUUUUUGUUAAAAUAAAUUAUAUCGCUGGUACAAAUUAUAUUUAUUUGAUAGCGAUUAAGUAGAAUUCCUUUAAAGUUUGAGACUUUGAUUUUAUCCAUGACGUUAACGAACCUUUUUGUUGUAUAAAUUAAAUCAUUAUUUUUAUGAGAGCGCCAUUUCUUUCAGGGCCUCAUUAUUGCGAUCUGAGAUCACAGUGUGUAAAGAAAGUGGAAAAAAACUGUUUUUUGGCGAACAAAAUAAUUUUGCCAAAUAAAAUUGUCAUGAUUUGUUGAUAAACAUCCAGUGUUUCCAGCCAACAGAAGACAAUAUCCUAAUUUUUCUUCACUUUCUUUACAGAUUGUUUAUGUAUUCUCAAUUUCUUCCUAGUUGAGAUUGCAUACGAUUUUUUAUGAAAAAUACUACAAAAUACUGGGAGUAAUAUCCACGUAAAAUUUACUUUCAUACUGUAAUAGCAAUUGUGAAGUUAUGAAAUUGCAAGUUAAGUUUUUAAAAUAUUAUCUAAGAAUUCAAAAAAACUGUUACAUAACUAUAUAAAGGGGCAAAUAUGACAAGACGGGGUGUUCACCCCUUAAUGGGUACAGACUACUAUAGCAACUAUAAGAAUAACAUUUUUAUAAUAAAAAAUAAAGCAAAUUUGAAGAAUAAGAAAA